GGGCAAUUUUUUUUUUUUUUCUUUAAAAAAAAAUAGAGGGGGUUGGCGGGGGAUGAUUGGCAGUCACCUAUCCUUCAAAAGAAACACUCUCUCUAAAGAAAAAUAAAGCUGCCAAUCCACCUCUUCCCUUCUCUCACACUAAUUCCAUAAUGUUCCCUACUCUUGCUAGACUUCAUAAGGCACCCGCCAUGCCAAAGUUUUUUGAAAAGGGCUUGUCUUUAAAUCAUUUUUUAGUGAAAAGACAAGUCAUUUCUUUAUACCGACAAAUUUGUAGAUGCACAAAAGGCAUGUCUAAAAGCGAUGCAAAGGAAUUAAUGCAGUUUGCCAGAGCUGACUUUGAGCGUCACCGUAAAGAAACGGACAUUGAUACCAUUAAAUCAUUAAUCUCGGCUGGUAAAUAUCAAAUGCAUAGUUUACAAAGUUCCGUCACAUUAGCUCAUACUGCCAAACAUUAAACCCUAUUUUUAUUUUUUAUUUUAUAUCCCUUGAUUUUACAUACAU